CAAAAGGUGUUCAUCACAGACGGUAGUAUGAUAUAGUUAUUAAACCACAUUUAAGCAGCAGAUUCCUGUUGUGUGACGCCUGAACGAUGACGCCAUUCGCAAAACUGCUUCUUCUCGCGGGCCUAGUUGCAGCCGCAGCUGCUGCUAGCAUCAAUGUGACACAGUGUGGCUGGGAUGGAGCGGACUGCGUGCUAACGAGCGGCUUCAUUGCGUCGCUGCCGGAGCGCUUGGGGACGCCAACCACAAACAGCGCAAAGGUGCUGGCGCGAGCUGCGUACCGCGCUACGGUUUGCGCCAACUAUACCGCCUCCCGUAUAGACUGCGUGGCUGCUGCUACCGAGUAUGGCUGCGAGUGGGACGCAGUUGCGCAAAGCUGCGGUAUUAAAGACCUGCUAGAUCCCGAGCUGCUGCGUCGCUCGGCCUUCUGCCCCGGCAGCCGGCUGGACGCGGCUGUCAGCUGCGCCUCCCUCACUGGCGGCGCCGCGGACGGCAGCAGCGGCAGCGGCUGGCAGGACACGUGCGCGUCCGCCUCGUACGGCGGCUACAGCUGCAAGCUGGUCAACGGCUCCAGCGUGCUGACCAGCCAGCCCGUGCAGACGCUGGGAGAUGCGGUCAUGGGGCUGAUCAACGGCGUAGCGGCGCAGGCGGUGCAGGCGAUCAAGGACGCCGCGGGCCAGCUCAACGUCACGGUGUCCAACGCGACCAUCUCACUGCUGGUGAACAACGCCACGGCCGCCGCCAACAACAGCCAGGCUUGCGUUGCGGCCUGGACCACCGACACCUCCUACCUCAAGUCCCUGGCUGACACGGUCAUCAGCGGCCUGGGGUCGGGCAAGGAUGUGCUGUCGUCGCUCAUGACGCCGGAGCUGUUUGGCAGCUGCAACACUAGCUCCAAGUUGAUGUCCACCGUGAACACCUGCCCCAUCAAGCUCAACAAGGCCGACUGCGCCGCUGUGUCGGGCUGCAGCUGGGUGGACCUGGCGCAGGCCUGCACCGUGGCCAUGGACGUCGUGGAGCGCAUGAUGCUGGACCCCAAGGACAUCUGGGUGGCGGCCUACAACAACGCCAGCGCACUGUGCGACUCACUGGCGACCCAGUCCAGCUGCAACGUCACCACGCCCCGCCUGAGCCUCAACCUCACCGUCGACCCCGCCAUUCUCAAGAACCUCAGCAGCCUGUUGCCGUCCUUCGCGAUCGACGCCCUGAACAACAUCACGAACGGUGCAGGCAUCAGCGUGGGCGGGUCCACCACCAUCCUGGGCGGUGCUGGCGGCGGGGCGGCGGGCAUGGCCGCGACGGCGUGGUGGACGGUGGCGCUGGCCGCCGUUGCGGCACUGGUCCUCGGCCACGGGGUUGACCAGCACCCGCGCUGGCCGUAGUGUGCUCGUUGCUUUGGAGGCUCCAGUAGCGACCCUCGUGAUUUCUGCCUGAUGUGGUGACAUGUGGCUGCUUAGGUUGGCAUUGUCAGUCUCAGGCUGUUUGUGAUGUCGAUAGGGGUGCGUCCCGAAGUCCCUGGUGAUCCCUUCUAUCGUGACUUAUUCUGAAGCAGCAACUCCUGUGUGGUCCGUGAUCAAUGCGUGAUCAAUGCGUGCGACUAUCAGCGGCGUGUGAAGAGAGUGUACCGUACAUAUGAAAUGUCCUGACUAGCGUGUGCGAAAAUCAAUCUCAUGCUAAUGUUUCAGCGUGCCUGGAGCGGUGCAGCCGAGCGGCGGGCGCUGCCGUGGGCUUGUGAUGCUGAGGGUGACCAAGUUCCGUAACAGAUUUACACGGCGCUGUACGGAGCGAGUGCGUGCAAAGUGCUGUGACCACAUACUUCUGAUCAUACAUGAGUACACAAUGCACGCUGCCUGUUCGUGAUGGUGCAGUCGUGCUCAGGUGACAGAAACAGCCGUUGGGGUUACGGACGACAAGGAAGGUGGCGCUACCUCUCAAGUCCAAAGUGGCUGCGCCCACUACUCUCCCGUCUGGGGCCCCAAGCGCCAAAACACCUCACCCCAAGGAUCUCAU